CAGAGACACGCUGACGAUGGGACAGAGACACCACAGAGGGACAGAGACACCACAGAGACACGGACAGGGACACAGAGACGCAGAGCCCCCUAAAGAGACGCAUAGACUGGGGGAUGUACACGCGGACAUGCAAACCGACAAACACAAGAGAGAGACACAGAGACACGGACAGAGACUCGGGGAGACACCUCUCCUGCUAUUCCACGCGGAACGCGGUGAGAGAGUCGGCGGUGCCACGCGAGCCGCUUGGACGGAACUCCGGGAAAUUAUUGAAAAACUUCAGCAGCAGCAGCAGCGUUGAUCGCGAAGUCGGCCAGAGAACUUCGAGCAACACGCGAGCGAGUCACGUGCAACACGCGAGAGCGUCACGCGCAACACAACAAAGUCGCGAGCAACACGCGAGAGAGUCACGCGCAACACACGAGCUUCACGUGCAACACGCGAGAGUCACGCGCAACACGCGAGAGUCACGCGCAACACGCGAGAGUCACGCGCAACACGCGAGAACGUCACGUGCAACACGCGAGAACGUCACGUGCAACACGCGAGAACGUCACGUGCAACACGCGAGAACGUCACGUGCAACACGCGAGAACGUCACGCGCAACACGCGAGAGAGUCACGUGCAACACGCGAGAGAGUCACGUGCAACACGCGAGAGCGUCACGCGCAACACGCGAGAGAGUCACGUGCAACACGCGAGAGCGUCACGUGCAACACACGAGAGAGUCACUUGCAACACGCGAGAGCGUCACGUGCAACACGCGAGAGCGUCACGCGCAACACGCGAGAGAGUCACGUGCAACACGCGAGAGUCACGCGCAACACGCGAGAGAGUCACGCGCAACACAACAAAGUUCGCGAGCAACAAGUUCGCCAAACGGAAGAAAAAAACACGUCAUCGUAAAAGGGGCAAUUUAACAAAAUCACUCAACGCAGUCGCCAACGCUUCGGGCAACUUGUGUGUACACAAAAUAAGUAAGCGACACAAAGACAAAGAUCCCCCGUAUAGCCUUGAACAGACUGUUGUGGCAAGUGCUGUUGGCGAGAGGCAGCUGCUAUGA